AUGAACGUGGCACGCUGCAUUGAGCUACACAACAAGAUUGUCCGCCUAGGGUGGGAAGCGAUGAAUCAAGACCCUCAAGAUUUCCAUCCCCAAACUUGGUUCGAGCACCAUGGACAAGCAGCACAAAACGCACGCCGGAAACUGUCGUCUGACCUUGUCGCGUUUCUACAAGGCGCGUACGAGAUUCCAGAAUCAAAACAGCAGUACGGCGUGCAAAACUUUCACUAUUACGCGACCGCGCUUAUGUACCCUGGGGACGACAUGUUUGCGCUCCUUGAUGGGCUCUGCUCGCCAAGUUGGGUGAAUCAGUAUGAGCAGCAUCAUGGGAAUCUGGACGGUGGAGGCUUGGGGAGAUAUGUCAGGCUUUAUUGGGCGAAUAAUCUUGCUUCUCAUCCAGAAGGACUCAUUUUCGACCAAGAAAAGAACAUGGCCAUUAUGAGCAUGAGUAUUCAUGACAGCGAUGGACUCUGUGACUCGGGUCGCGUCAAGUGGCAUCCACUCGAAGACAUAUUGGCAGCGUGGCUCGACAUGAUACGAACAGGAAAAGUGAAAGCCGUGGGUCCUGACACAGAAUACAGACCCUGGGAGUUAGUGCCAUAUACGGAUUACCAAGUGAACGAAGCAGUCGAGGUCUUCGACAAGCUGGUAGCCGCUAUCGAGGCGGCCAUGCCCGCAAAAGAGCCUAAAGAAAGUAAUGCAUCAGCCAGUCUGAUGAAUAAAGAAGCCCUCGACACCGCGCAUAUACCUCCCGGAUUCGCAUACGACUUUCUCACACGCGCUCGUCGUCCGAGUUUCCGCUUCAUUGCUCCCGGUCUGUCCCUUCCGACAGCAAGCACCAUCGCCGAUCAGCCCUUUUUCGGAGUUCUCGAUACCGUCCCAGAGGACCAUCGUCAUUGGUUUCGUUCAUCACCUCUCUUGCUUUUCCGCUCUUCCCUGAUGUACAACCGUCCUUCGCCCCAUCCUAAUAUAUACGCUUACGACGUAUUCGGUUAUCCUUUCAACCUCCCAACAUACCCUGCAGGUUUAUACUUCCACGCAUCUGACCAAGGGAACAACCAACACAGCGAUGCGGUCUCCCUCGUUCUUCCUUUCGCCAUCGGUGGCAAUGGAUGGGCGCGAAAAGGUGAUGGCACAUUGUUCGGUGAGAAUGUACAUGAUGAGCUGGCGAAAUCAAAGGACGAAUAUGAUGAGCUGUACCAAACGGGACGGCAGCCGUUUAUCAAGAGCCACCCCGUCAGACUGGUACAGGUGCUUAGGAGUUGGGUCGCAAUGGUGGAGAGAGGGGAUUGGAAAGUGGGCGCGGAUGGUGUAUCGAAUGGGAUGAACGAGUGGAAGAAGGCAGAUAGCCGGGGUGGGUGGGAAAAGUACUUCAUUACUCCUGAGUGGUGA